AUCCUUGGUAGUAAAUGGAAGGGCGCGCACAACUCCAACGGGUCUCAUUCUACCAGCACAGCAUCCCUACAACAUUGUGAUGGACUAUGUCAGGAGAUGGUGUCAUGGCUCAAAUCCAGCAGAUAACACAGCAGCACUGAUUAACAACUGUAGCCAGAACAGGGUACCUGAUGUGGAAGUGAUGCAGUCUUGUAUUCUGACGGCUAGAGCACUGCUAACUUUCGAGAAUACUGUCUUAGCACCUGUCGAUAGUUCCAAACUCUUCCCAGCGUUGAAGUCAUUGGUUAAGGAUGUCAGUGCUUGCCUGCCAAGCAAUUGUGCAACUGGUCUCUCAGUGUCUGGAAUUGUGUACUUACCACCAACAACUGUGGACAAUCCUGUACUAUACAUCUCUCUCAUUGCUGCCCUGCAUGGUCAAUCUAAGAGAGGCCAAGUGAGCAUUGAUCACCACAUUGCACUACUGGAAUGGUGUCCAAGUGUAGCAGCAUGUUUUGUCUGCUAUGACUUGGACAACAUCACAGCAUGUACUCGUUGUGGCAUGGCUUACCUGUGUGGCAAACAUCGUCAAACUGAUGAACACCUAAGUGAACACAACCAACACUGUGCUAUGCUGGCAGCACUCAGACGUCGCAUGUCGCAGGCUAGGUGAGCUUCUGAAGAUCUCUACUGGAUAGUGUUUAGCAGUUGAGAUUGGUGAAAGUGACCAGCACUGGACAGGGAUCAUUUCAAGCAGCUACUGCAGUAAGAGAUACUCCAACAGCACACUACCUGUC